UCCAAGGUGGGAGUGUGCGCUCUGGGCCGACUAACCAGCGCGAAACCGGCAUGGAGGACGCAAACGGCACAUUCGACCUCCCGCUCAACAGAAGCUCCAAAAGCGAGGAGGGGGGGGAGGAGGUGAAGCUGGGUUACCAAGUCCUCACCUCCGUCCUCCUCGGCGCGCUCAUCCUGUGCGCAAUCUUCGGGAACGCCUGCGUGGUGGCGGCCAUCGCCCUGGAGCGCUCCUUGCAGAACGUGGCCAACUAUCUGAUCGGUUCCCUCGCCGUCACCGACCUGACGGUGUCGGUGCUGGUUCUGCCCAUGGCGGCGCUGUACCAGGUGCUGAACCGCUGGACCCUGGGCCAAAUCCCGUGCGACAUCUUCAUCUCGCUGGACGUUCUGUGCUGCACCUCGUCCAUCCUGCACCUGUGCGCCAUCGCCUUGGACCGCUACUGGGCCAUCACCGAGCCCAUAGACUACAUGAAGAAGAGGACGCCCCGGAGAGCCGCAGUUCUGAUCAGCGUCACUUGGCUGGUCGGGUUCUCCAUCUCCGUGCCGCCCAUGUUGAUUAUGCGCUCCACGGCCAACAGCUUGGAAGAAGACCGCAAGAACCCCAAGCAGUGCAAGAUCCGACAAGACCUUUGGUACACCAUCUAUUCCACUUUUGGGGCUUUUUACAUCCCCCUGCUGCUCAUGCUGGUUCUCUACGGGCGGAUUUUCAAAGCGGCGCGGUUCCGCAUCAGAAGGACCGUGCGUAAAAGCGAGGCCAAGAAAGUGGCGCACUCCGGCUUGGCGUCGUCGUCCCCGGCGCUCCCCCGCCAGAAGACUCCCAGGGAGGCGCAGACGAAGAGCUGGAAGCGCAGCGUGGAGCCCCGACCCAUGCCGUGCGUCAAGCACGAGGACGGGGAGUCGCUGGAGAUCAUCCAGGUGCACGGCGGCCUGAGAGGCAACCUCCUGCCGGGGACGCCGAGCACCGUGCCGCUGUUCGAGAGCAGACACCAGAAAGCCACCGAGGCCAAGAGGAAGAUCGCGCUGGCCCGGGAGCGCAAGACGGUGAAGACUCUGGGCAUCAUCAUCGGGACCUUCAUCCUCUGCUGGCUGCCCUUCUUCAUCGUGGCCCUGCUCAUGCCCUUCUGCCAGCCGCGCUGCUUCAUGCCCGCCUGGCUGGCAGACGUCUUCAACUGGCUGGGCUACUCCAACUCGCUGCUCAACCCCAUCAUCUACGCCUACUUCAACAAGGACUUCCAGGGGGCUUUCAAGAAAAUCAUCAAGUGCCAUUUCUGCACACCCUAGUUCACUUUCCACGGCUGGACCAGGGGCCUCAAACUCAUUCUAGAUGGGGGGCCACGCGGAGAACUAUCCACCCCCGAGUGGGGCCGGGCUGCUAAAAUCACGACAAGAUAACUUAAAAAUAAAGACAACUUCGGGUUGUUUGCUUUGUUUAAAAAAUGGAAUGAGAACACUCUGAAAAUAUACAAAUCAUAAUGUUGUUGUUGUUGUUUUUUUACACUUACAUGUUGCAGUUAAUAAUAUAUUCUAUUUAUAUUUCUUGUUAUUUAUAUAUUAUGUCCCAGGUGUCAAACAUUUGGCGAGAGGAGUUUGCCAAGUAUAAAAUUAACCAAAAUGUUAUAGUAAAAAAAAAAAUAAACCUGCUGUUUUAAAUGUGUCCACUAGAUGUCACAAUAGCAAUUAUUUUUAUCUUUGUAGAUGAUGCUACAUAUGUAAAAAAAAAUAUAUUAAAAUAAACCACAUAGAAGAACAUACUGGAAAUGUACAAAUGAAAAUGUUGGGGUUUUUUUUACACUUAAAUGUUACAAUUAAUAUUAAUUAUACUUUCUGAAUAAAUGAUGUGUUAAUGUUCAUCACUCACUGGUGUUCAACUUUAAUCUAUCACAAUAGAAAAAUAAUAUCAAAAUCAAAUUACAUUAUGUUAUUUAUGUGGUUUGCUCAUUUUCGUUAACUACUGCACUAACAUCAUGUGGUCUAUUUAUUUAUGUCUUUUUACAUGUGCAGCAUCAUCUACAAAGAUACAACGUAUUGCUAUUGUGACAUCUAGUGGACACAUUUACAAUAGCAGUUUCUUUCAUUCCAAAAUGUUAUACUUAGCAAACUCAUCCCGCAGGCCGGAUAAAAGCUGUUGGGUCUGCCUGAUCCAAGCCGCAGGUCUUGGUUUGAGACCCCUGGACGAGGCCACCAGGACAAGAGCAGCCCAUAGGAACCAAUUUCUGCUUGAAACAACAAAAACAAUUUUUAAAAAAGCAUCAUUUGUCAUCAUGCAAAUAUGAAUAAUAGACAAAG